AUGGGUUCCAUGAAGCGCCCAAAUUUUCUGGUCAUCCUGGCCGAUGACCUCGGAUACAGCGAUAUUGGUUGUUUUGGAGGCGAGAUACGGACUCCCAACAUCGAUGCUUUGGCGAAGAAUGGUGCCCGCUUCACUGACUACUACACAGCAAGCGCUUGCAGUCCAACACGUGCCAUGUUGAUGAGCGGAACAGACAACCACAUAGCUGGAGUGGGUGUCAUGAGUGAGCAGAAGGGGCGUGAUCCUGAGAGAUGGAACGUUCCUGGCCACGAAGGGUUCUUGAACCAUGAUGUAGCUGCAGUGUCCGAGAUCUUGCAGGAAGCUGGUUAUCACACCUUGAUCAGCGGCAAGUGGCAUCUGGGUUUGCGUCCAGAGAACAAUCCAGCAGCGCGAGGCUUUGACCGGUCGUUCUCCUUGCUGCCCGGCGCUUCCAACCACUAUGGGUGGGAGCCUCAGUUUGGCAAAGACUAUCUCAAUUUUUUCGUCCGCAUUCCGGUCCUUUACACAGAACAAGGGAAACGCUACGAAAUAACUCCAAAUUUGACCCAUGACAAGAAAGGAUUCUUUUCAUCGGACUUUUACACCGACAAUCUCAUCAACUAUCUAGAAGAACGGAGCGAGGAGAACAAAUCGAAGCCGUUCUUCGCAUAUUUGCCAUUUUCGGCGCCUCAUUGGCCUUUGCAAUGCUCCAAGGAGGACCGUGAUCGGUACAAAGGUGUGUAUGACGAUGGCCCGGAUGCUCUCCGUCUGCGACGCCUGGAAAGACUCAAACAUUUGGGUCUGGUGCCGAAGAAUGUCAAGCCUCAUGAAGUUGUGACGCCUCUUGGUAAUCCUGAGUGGGAGGAGAUGACCGAGUAUGAGCGCAAAUGCUCUGCUCGCAGCAUGGAGUGUUUUGCGGGCAUGGUGGACAAUAUCGAUCAAAAUGUCGGCAAGAUAGUCGAGUACCUCAAGAAGAUCGGAGAAUUCGAGAACACCUUUAUCAUUUUCCAGAGCGACAACGGUGCAGAAGGAGCGACGUAUGAAGCGUUGCCGACAAUGGGCGCAGAUCUCAUGCGUGUCAUCAAUGCCUACUAUGACAAUUCCUUGGACAACAUCGGAAAUGCAACGUCUUUCGCCUGGUAUGGCACCCGGUGGGCGCAGGCUUCGACAGCGCCGUCGAGACUGUUCAAGAUGUACACUACCGAGGGUGGUAUAAAAGUUCCAUUUGUCGUCCACUACCCAGGUUUCGCAAAAGAGCGUCAAAACGGUGCUCUCAUCCGUGCGUUCUCCAGUGUGAUGGACAUCUGCCCUACAAUCCUCGACCUUGCGGGUGUUCAGCAUCCAGCGGCGGAUGGCAAACCAGGAGAAUUCAAGGGUCGAAGAGUCUUCCCGAUGAGAGGGAAGUCUUGGGUUCCCUUCAUGACAAGCACAGGGUCCAGCAAUGACGCCCUUGACACAAUCCACGAUUCAAAUAGCAGCAUGGGCUGGGAGCUGUUCGGACGGGCCGCCAUUAGGAAAGGCAACUGGAAGCUUGUGCAUAUCGAACCAAAAUUCGGUGGCCGUGAGGACGGCAAGUGGCAACUGUAUGACCUCUCUACAGACAAAGGUGAGAUUGAGGACCUGUCCGAAUCGAGACCGGAGAUUGUGGAGGAGCUGCUGCAGAUAUGGGAGAAAUAUAAAGCAGAGACCGGAGUGGUGUGGGGUCAACCGAUACGCUAUGUCGGAGAAGAAUGGGAUGGCAACGCCGAAGAAGGUAUCAUCGGCGGCGACGCCAUCACGCAAACCACAGCCUGGAUGAAGGUCAGGAAAGGCGAGGCGCCACCAUCAAGGCGUGUUUAA